UGACAUGAACAAACAAUACAGUCAACUCACGCAAUUGAUUAUAUAGAAAGCCAACUUUCUUGACUAAUUCAUUUGUGGUUCUAACUUCUGAUUUUCUUGACAAAAUAUUUUCCAACUGAACUUAUGGAAGAUAUCAAGAACCAAUCUUUGCAAGCACAACUAUGUCGCCAAUUUUCCAUUUCAGAGAUUGAGUUGGCAACUCAUGAUUUUGAUGAGGAAUUUGUCGUAGGACGUGGUGGAUUCGGGAAAGUUUAUAAAGGUACCAUCAAGAUUGGAGAUUCUCAUGUGGUUGCUGCCAUCAAGCGGUUGCAUUCCAAUUCGAGUCAAGGAGCAGCUGAAUUCUGGGCUGAAAUUGAGAUGCUUAGUAAGUUGAGGCAUUGUAAUUUAGCAUCUUUGAUUGGUUAUUGUAACAGUCGAAAAAAGAUGAUCGUUGUGUAUGAGUAUAUGCCUCAAGGGACACUUGAAGGUUGUCUUUAUAAAGGUGGCCCUACUCUAUCUUGGUUGCAACGGCUAAGUAUAUGUAUCGGAGCGGCUCGUGGAUUAGAUUACCUUCACACGGGUACUGGCACAAAAAAUGGAGUCAUACAUCGUGAUGUGAAGAGUUCAAAUAUCUUGUUAGAUGAAAACUAUGCUGCUAAGAUCUCAGACUUUGGAUUGGCCAAAGUAGGCCCAAUCAAUCAGACAAAUACUUUUGUGUCCACUGGGGUCAAAAGGACAUUUGGGUAUAUAGAUCCAAGGUAUUUCUAUACUAACAAACUAACAAGAAAAUCUGAUGUUUAUGCCUUUGGUGUUGUUUUGUUUGAAGUGUUAUGUGGGCGGCCUGCGGUUUGCAUUAUCUCUACAAAACAAGAUGGGCCCUUCUUCUACAAAAAGUAAAAUAAGCAACAAGAUAAGGUCAUUUUUUAGAGCCAAGAAUUUGAUGCCAUUUUGUUUUUCAAUAAAUAGCCUCAUUGAUGUUAAUCUAAAGGAAGUACUCAGCAAACCAGUUGGAUCAGUAGGGUCCUUGGUGGACGCAGGCUAUGAAUCCGGUGGCGACUUGGUUCAUUUCGAAGGUGGAUUUGAGUUCACUCUAACCCAGUUGAUUAAUGCAUCUACUAAGUUUCUAAAUGAAAACCUAUUUUGGAGAACAUAUGUAGCAUAUCUUCCAGAUGGUCCUAAAGUUGUUGUAAAACGCAUACUAACUCAAUUAAGCCAGAAGAAGUUUGUGUCUAUUGUUUCUGCUCUUGGUAAGAUUCGUCACCCGAAUGUGUUAGAACCCAAGGCCUAUUACUAGGGACGAGGGGAGACUUUGGUUGUCUACAAAUUUACACCUAACGGAAGUGUGUCAUCUCUUAUACAAUCUUCAAAGAAUGAGGGUUGGUCUAUACCUGCUUUUGGUUGGUCACUGAAAAUAAACAUAAUAAUGGGCGUUACAAGAGGGCUUUUCUACCUUCACACGCAAAAGAAGAUGGUUCACGGAGAUCUUAAGUUGAGCAUGAUAUUACUUGAUGAGCAGUGCAAUCCCAUGAUCGCUAAUGUUAGCCUCUCACAGCUAAUGCCAGCCACACCACGGUUCAGAAACAAUUGUGCACCAGAGUUUGUAGACUCUGCCAAUGCCACAACAGAAAUUGAUGUAUAUGGUCUAGGGAUAGUAAUGCUAGAGAUUUUGACAAAAGAGUCAACUUACAAAAGCAUACAUCCAAUUGAUUUACCAACUUGGGUGUAACGCCCUGCGUUUUCAAACAUCCUACAUUUAGAAACCUUACGUGAAAUUCUAUCUUUGGAAAUCUUGUGUUCUUAU